AUGGCGUCUGUGCAGGGCUUGGUUGGAGGGGUGUGCUGGCUACUGCUGGGGGCUUUCGCGCUCUUGGACGUGGCCCCCCGCGGCUCCACGGCAGAUGUGACGAGCAGCUCCGGCGCUAAAGUCUCCGUUCGCACGCCGGCCACCGCCGGCGCCGGCGACCCACCACACCACCGGCGGCGCCGCGCAGACGGGGAACCUGUGGAUCCUGCCGGGGCGGCGGGCAGAAGGGCAGCGAGCGCAGGGGCAGGGGCAGCGGGGGCACCUCCGGGGCAAGCAGAGGAGGGGCACAGCUGGCGGAGCCGGAGCCGGAGGCAGAGGAGAGCAGCGGAGAGGAGAGGACCCGGCGCACGCGUCCCUGAUGGACAGAGCGUCUCCCAGCUCCAGCUGAGCAGCUCCAGCUUCUCCUUGUUCGGAGACUCGGCACAUAACCAAGCCAUGGUAUACUGGACCGGAUACAACAGCAGCGUGAUCCUGAUUCUCACAAAAUUCUUCGACUUCAACCUGGGGACAGUGACAGAUAGUUCACUUUGGCGAUCACUGGAUCUAGGAAGCAGUUACGAGAAACUGAACGACAGACUGGAUUCCAGACUGGUCCUGAGUUACCUGUAUGUGUGCCCGUCCAAUCAGAGAAAGAUCCUGCUGGUGAGUGACCCAGAGAUGGACUCCAGUGUGGUGGUGAGCUCAGACGACGGCAACUCCUUCCACAGAUUCAGCAUCAGCUUCACCAUCCAGAGCCUCCUCUUCCACCCCAGCCAGGAGGACUGGCUGCUCGCAUACAGCCAGGAGCAUAGGUUGUACUUCUCUGAGGAUUUUGGAAGAAACUGGAAACUUGUCCAUGAGGAGGUUUCUCCAGGACGCUUCUAUUGGGCAGUAUCAGGGCUGGACAAAGAUUCUGACAUGGUGCAUCUGGAGGCUCAAGAUCCCAGUGGAAUGCUGAGGUACAUCACCUGCCUGGCUGGCAGCUGUGCCGAGAGCAGGAAGUUCCCAUUCUCCGGCCGCAUCGAUGGAGGGUCGCUGGUUGUGCAGGACGACUAUGUUUUUGUGCAGGUAACCACAGUUGGGCCGACUAAAUACUUUGUCUCAUAUCAAAGACAACCUUUCCAGAAUAUCCAGCUCCCAAAAUACUGUCUGCCUAAGGACAUGCAUCUCAUAAGUACAGAAGGCCAGAUCUUGGCUGGGGUUCAACAGUGGAAUGAGAAUGACACCUACAGCCUCUAUACAUCAGAUCGCCAUGGAAACUACUUCAGCCCUGCCCUAACGUAUGUCCGCGUAUCGCGAUCAAUAGCUGGAGUACUCAACAUGGAUGCAUAUAAGGUGGCUGGCGUCAGUGGUGUGUUGUUGGCUAACAGGAAGCAGGGGGGUCAUGUGAGGACAUUCAUCAGCUUCAGUCAGGGUCAAACAUGGCGGCUGUUGACACCUCCAGCCACCGAGCGGCGCUGUAGCCUGCCCUCUUGCUCUCUGCACCUGCACCUGCGGAUGUCUGAAAGUCCGUACUCUCCUGAUAGCAUCAUAAGCACUGUCUAUACCCCCGGCCUAAUCAUCGCAACAGGCACUGUGGGCUCAGAGUUGACCAAUCACAACACCAGGACCUUCCUCUCCUCAGAUGCAGGAAACACAUGGAGACAGGUGUUUGAUGAAGAACGACGCGUUUGGUUUCUGGAUGAUGGCGGAGCAUUGCUGGCGAUCACUCGAGCUUCAGUUUCCAUUAAACACUUGUGGGUGAGCAUAGAUGAAGGAAGGAGUUGGCUGCAGUACAGGUUCUCUCUUUCCCCUCUAUAUGUGGACGGUGUGCUGAUGGAGCAGGAUACACACCACCACAUCAUCACGAUCUUUGGCCACCUGAGCCAUCGUUCUGACUGGCUGCUCAUUAAGGUGGACUACAGAAGCCUCUUCGACCAGCAGUGUGCUUCAGAACACAUCCAGACUUGGCCAUUGCUCAAUCAGGGGGAGCCAUGCGUAAUGGGCCAGAGGCAAAUCUUCCGAAAGCGCCGGCCGGGAAGCAGGUGCAUUCUGGGAAGACGGCAUCUGAAGCUAGUAUCGUCUGAAAGAUGCUCGUGCAUGCCAUAUGACUUUGAAUGUGAUUAUGGGUUUGAGCGACAGUCAGAUGGGAGGUGUUCUCCUGCGUUCUGGUACAGGAAGGCUGUGUCCAAUAGUUGUGAGGAAUCGUUGGAGGACCAUUUCAGUCCCAGAAUGCACCAGUGUGACAACACAGCCCCCAGUGGCGUCCGUCUCAGUACGGCGCACAGCGACCUGACGGCCCGGCCGCACACCAACAUCACCUUCCUGAUACACACACACCAGGUCAGAGACUAG